AAGAAAUUCAAACUUGUCAGAGACAUUUACAAAAUAAAGUUUUUGUACAAAGACAUCAGAGCUCAGUGAAUGUUUCUAUAUGUUUUUGGAUCUUGAACGCUAACAUUACAAAAGUAACUUUACAGAACUACAAGAAUGAAACAAGGGAAAAUGUGUUCCAUGUGUGGAGACCUUCUGCCACCUAUUUUCAAUAUCUUGAUGUACGGAUCAAUAAUCUGGCAUCUAGUGACUACACAGAGUGGUCAUUGGUUCUAAUGAGUGAUCGCAUCAUGUAUGAGGGCAGUCUCUUUAUUGUACCCGCAGACUCUAAAAAUGAAGUUAUAUUUUCCAAAAUGAAAUUGUUUCACUACCACUAUUAUACUGCCGAACUAGUCUGUGUUGGAAGUAACUACCCAAGACUCAUUCAAAUAAUAAAUCGAUGUGAGAAUCUUGUAUUAAGCGAAAAAUACUAUAAUCCGAAAAAUUACAAGAGAGAAAUGACAUUAACUUUCACUAUUGAACCAGUGAAUAGACUUUCGGCUCUGGAGUGUAAAGUCUUUGACAAUGGUAGCAUUACGACAUCAAAGUUUCAAGACAUUACUUUGAAAAAUGAGCCUGCAAUUAUCUGCCCAUUCAAAGAUAAACAAAUUAAAGCCAAUGUCUAUGAUACAGUCUCUAUUCGUUUCAAAGUGUUGGCUUAUCCAGAGAUUACUUCAGUGAUUGUAACAAAGUCUACUACGAAUAAUACGAGUCAAGACAACGAAGAUGUUAAUUGGAGAGUUGAGUCUACACAAUUAACUGAAGUACUCUGGUUUAUAGAACUUUCUAAAUGCAUAAUUCAAGAGGAAGACUUCGGCAACUACUCUGUAAGUGUCACGUCUAAUCAGAAAACUUCAACGGAUGAAAUAGUUGAUAUUAUUCUAAAAGAUCCUUCACGAUUGAUAAUACUCCCCGAAAAUUACUGUACCAAUGAUACAUCAGCAAUUGUCUACAGAUUAGUCAAAACAGGGCUACCUCUUUUAAUACCCAGCAUCAUGUCCAAACCAUACAGUAUUGAGAUUGUACCAAACAAGUUGGCCAGUGAAUAUCUGAUUAAAGUCUAUUUUCAAAAUUGUGCACAGUUUCUGGGAAAACAAGAAACAUUUACAUUACUGGCUGGAUCAGAAGUAUUCCAUUUAACAUUCAGUACUAGGCACAAUGGUUACAGUUUACCGUUGUGUGUACCUUUAAACCAAGAGAUAACUUUGUUAACAACCAUUGGAGAAGAUCUUGUGUUCACUAUGUGCUUGAUGUCAGACAGUAUAAUUCAUGAAGAAAAUGUAGGUUUUAACAAAAUGUUUAGACCUAAUUUCGACCCAUUUAAAUAUUCUGUGAACAUCAAGCAGGACGUCAAUGAAUAUAAUAUAACCUGGACAUUAAGAAAUAUAACCAGAGAUGACAUCAAGUUUUAUGUGUUUAGAAUAAGAAACUAUUUAAGGAGAACAGCGAUAUUCAUUUUAAACUUAAAAUUAAAAGAAGGAGCACCAUAUUUUUGUGAUGACAGUAAACCAACAGUAAAACAGAUCUCAGACAAGACUCUAAACGUUGGUUUUUGUAUUCGAUCGUACCCGAUAUUGAGUCGAGAUAUUCUGAUCAAUGACAUAAGUUACAGAAUUUUGAUUCAUGACAUCGUGGAAGAAAUCACAAGAAACACCGGCGACGUGGCUGCUGGUUCUAGUGUCGACGAAAAAACGUUUUCCAGUUAUAUAACACUCGAGUUUCCAGAUACAUACAUUCUGAAGUCUGUGAACAUUACAGUCAGAUCUGUUAAAAAUGUAGCUUUCUCCUUUGUAUUAAACCUGAACGUAAGCAAUGCAUGGAAUUUACUUGAGAGACCUUUACAUCGUCAUGUGGUGAGAUCUGGAGAAGCACUAGAUUCUCAAUUGGGGUCAUUCCAAAGAUGAGUCUAUAAGAUAUUUCCUUUGCCUUUGUGUUUGUUAUGUAGGUUUUGGAAUGUGUCUUCAAAUUAUGUUGCUUCUUGUUAUGGAGUGUGUUUCUAAGGAAACGAUGAGGAAAGGAAGAGGUUGUUUUUUUUCUUGGCUGACAGGUUCAGAUACAACCAUGACAUGAGCUGUCAUAAUGAAUUUAGAUAGAAGUCACGUGACAGUUGAACAAGAGUUUAGGUGAGAAAGGAGAGACAGAAAGGACAUGUAUUUGCAGUCAGUGAGAGCGUGUUGCUACUUAAAUCUACUUUCAAGUUCAAUCUAUGUAUAUUUGUUAAUAAUGUUUACACUAGGUUCUGUUUAAUCACGUGGUCUGUUCAAGUUUCACAUCAAGGAUUUACUACACCUACAUUGAUUUAGUUAAACUACUGAUUGGUUCUACUUACCAACGAUGGACUAACAACACUCCUUAAUUCUUUCCCAUUUUAAUAGCAUGAAAAUGUAAUACUCUUACUUAAAUGUUGUUGCAACUGUUGUUUUUUUCAAUGUUGUUUACGUUUCUUAAAGCCUGUUAUGUAUUAUGUGUUCAUAGCCAAGAAAUAUUGAUGAAAUAAAUCUGUAAAAUGCAUGUAUAUUUUGACCAAAAUAGUGUAGAAUGUCUUUUUGUAUAGCAAUUAAAAUAUCUUACAUCUUAUUUUUGCUACAUGUGUAACAUUGAAUAUGAGUGUAGGUAGUCUUGGUUCUAUCUCUUGUAAGCUUAUCCUUUCAUUAUCUUUUAGAAUCAUUGUAAUGUUUGAUGGUUUGGUAUUUUUUUUAAUUUGAAACUUCUGAUUUUAAUAUUUUUUGGGGGAGGGGGGAGUUUAAUUCAACGUAUACACCACAAUUGACAAGUACAGUUUAUUACCCUUGAUCGAUACCAAACAAAAUAAUGAAUUAGCUAUAAUUAAUUUACUAAUUGUUUUUUUUUAACUGAUUCGCACAGACUUGUGUUCAUCUUGAACGGAGAAAUAACAUGUGCAAACUUUGUACCAGACAGUCCGAGUGAGUUGAUAGAAGUUUUGUCAAAAUGAAUAAGUUGGUUUAUUUGUGUAUGAAUUUAAACGUCCCGUUAUGUAGUACAAAAAGCUUAAAGCUUAAAAUUUUACAGAGCGUGUCUUUUACAUAGACACUGCUGGCUGAGCAGAGGUAAAAACAGACCAGGAAUGGCAUAAGUCUUUACAUAGACACUGCUGGCUGAGCAGAGGUAAAAACAGACCAGGAAUGGCAUAAGUCUUUACAUAGACAUUGCUGGCUGAGUAGAGGUAAAAACAGACCAGGAAUGGCAUAAGACUUUACAUAGACACUGCUGGCUGAGUAGAGGUACAAGCAGACCAGGAAUGGCAUAAGUCUUUACAUAGACAUUGCUGGCUGAGCAAAGGUACAAGCAGACCAGGAAUGGCAUACGUCACGUAGUUUGAUCAACUAAUGUUACUUUCCACACGUUGGCUUCGAACCGCUGCUGGUAAAAAUAUAAUGUCCAUGUCUCGGCAAUGUUGAUGAAUUCAACGAAUA